AAUUGAAACCAGCCCUAAGCUCCUUGUUCCUCCGCUCUAAAGGUAGCCUCGAUUAUUGCUGACUUAAGCAUCGGAGUGUCUACCCCGAGGAUCCACCUCGGGGCUUUGCAGGUCAAUUCAGAGUGCAGAUCCGGACUAAAGAAGGACUUCUGGUUUGGUGCAGUUACAUUUUGGCGCCGUCUGUGGGAAGCUGAACUAAAGGCUCCUUUGUUGCUCUUAUCAUGGUUAAAACUAGGUCAGCCCGAGGUGGAAACUCGUCUAAGCCUCUUGGACGAGGUCAGGUCCCCAGCAACCUUCCACCUCAUCCUCCACCCCCAAACCCAAAUACAUUCCCUCCUGUUGAUCAUGCAGAAGGAGAAGACGAAAAUCAACCACACAAUUCGGUUAGCAACUCAGCCUCUACUGCUAACCAAGACGUAGUCACAACUCAGCUCGCGGCCAUGCAACAGCAAUUUGGUCCUCCAGCCCCACCACAAAAUCCUGACCCAGUUCAGCAUGCCCCCACUGUUAAUGAAUCUCAGGGCCAAUCUCACAUCGCACCAAUUAUGCAACCCCCUCGUGAUGAUGUCACUCGACGUUUAGAUAGCUUAGAAAAGCUAGUGGUCGAACAGCGAGGUGUCCCACCUCCACACCCUGCUACUGACUCCGUACCUCACCCUCUCAACACCAAUAUUAUACUGGAACCCUAUCCCGCUGGCUUCCGAAUACCACAGCUUGAAACUUAUGAUGGGACGAAGGACCCCGAUGAUCAUCUACAUGCUUUCUACUCUUGCAUGCAGGCCCAGAACGCCUCUGAUGCGUUGAUGUGUAAAAUCUUUCCCUUUACUCUCCGAGUGCUAGAGGUUAACUCUUUCGACCAAGUAGUAGGAAUUACAGCUGUGAUCUCGGGUCUCGGCCAUAAAAGAUUCAGAGAUAGUCUACUUAAACAUCCUGCCACCACCUUCAGUGAGAUUAAGAAUAAGAUGGACUUAAGACGUCUGGGUCCAAUGAGAACUGCUGCUGCUACCAGAGACCAUACUAGAGUGGAACAGCCAAGGUUUGUCAGAGAACAAGGGCCACAGCAUCAAGCAAUCCGCAAUCCCCCAAACAGACAAGGUAUGGGAUAUCAGCAAGCCCCACCCCCACUCCCACCACCAACUAGAGUCAUACACAUGAUUACGGGAGAUGAAGCCAUUAGUUCGGUCCUGGUGAGAGAGGAAGCCAAACAGCAGAAGCCAAUCUAUUACAUCAGCAGUGUGCUGCAUGGAGCAGAGCUGAGGUACCCACUUGCUGAGAAGGCAACUUUAGCAGUUGUCACUUCGGCCAGGAAGUUGAGGCCAUAUUUCCAAUCACACCCGAUCAUUAGAUCUGCAAUCCGAGCUCAAGCACUGGCAGAUUUUGUUGUGGAAUGCACUCCAUGUCAUUCAACAACCAAUCCAGAGCCCAACGAGUGGACUUUAUAUGUUGAUGGAGCAUCUAGUAGCAAAGGUUCAGGAGCUGGAGCUCUCUUGAUUGGCCCAGAUGGGUACCGGAGUGAACAUGCCCUGAAGUUCAACUUCGAUGCAACAAAUAACAUGGCUGAGUAUGAAGCUCUGCUACUUGGUUUACAGCUAGCGUUGGAGUUGAAAAUCAGCGCAAUCCAGGUGUACAGUGACUCCCAGCUGGUGGUGAAUCAAAUCAACUCAAUCUACGAAGUUGUCGAUCCGGUAAUGAUCAAGUAUGUAGCCCUCGUGGCCGAGCUGAAGUGCAAAUUUCAGAGGUUAUGUCUGAGCAAAAUCCCCAGGGCUGAGAAUGAACAGGCAGAUUCACUUUCUAAAUUUGCCUCGGAUAGCUCUUCCAGUUCUAGAUCAGUUUUUGUGGAAGUCUUAGACGCACCAAGCUUCACGAAGCCACGAGUGAUGGAAAUCAGCACAGACCCAGGUACGCCAAGCUGGACUGACUCAAUUGUCUCCUUCCUACGAGACGGGGUAAUACCUGAGGAUAAGCAGGAGGCAAUGAGGUUGAGGAAGAAAGCAUCUCGGUAUACACUUGUUGAUGGGAUCCUCUAUAAGAGAUCUUUCUCACUCCCUCUCCUACGGUGCUUGAAUCCAUAUGAAACAGAAUAUGCACUUAGGGAGGUGCAUGAAGGUGUUUGCGGAAGUCACAUAGGGGCUCGAACUUUGACUCAUAAAGUCCUUAGACAGGGUUAUUAUUGGCCCAACAUGUACAAGGAUGCUACUCACUUUGUUCAGAGAUGCAUGAAAUGCCAGUUCUUUGCGCACAUAACUCACCAGCCUGCAGAAGAACUCACUACUCUGGUCGCACCAUGGCCAUUUGCUCAGUGGGGCUUAGAUCUUUUGGGUCCAUUCGUGAAGGGGGUUGGUAGUGUAACCCACUUGAUUGUUGGUGUAGAUUAUUUCACAAAGUGGGUUGAAGCUCGGCCGUUAUCCAGUCUCACUUCCAAGAAGGCUGAAGACUUUGUUUUCAGCUCAAUCAUCUGGAGAUAUGGGAUCCCGAAUCAGAUUGUGGCUGAUAAUGGAACUCAAUUUAACUGCACCUCUUUUCAAGAUUUCUGCUCCAGUUACAGGAUUAAACUACAAUUCACCUCAGUUUACCAUCCAGAGUCCAACGGCAUGGUCGAAUCUGUUAACAAGUGCAUCUUAGAAGGUAUAAAGCCGAGGCUGGAACAACACAAGGCCAAAUGGGCAGACGAGCUCAACAACGUCCUCUGGGCAUACAGAACUACGAGUCAAACUGCCACAGGUGAAACACCUUAUCAUCUAGCUUUUGGUACCGAAGCAGUCAUUCAUAUCGAGAUUGGAGUUCCAAGCUUCAGAGUCACCCAUUUCGAUGAAAGACGGAAUGGACAACUGCUUCGGGAGAACCUUGAUUUGCUGGAUGACGUUAGAGAAGAAGCACGACUUCGAACUCUAGUCUACAAGCAGAAAAUAGCAAACUUCUACAAUAAACGAGUUCGACCCCGAACAUUCAAAGUAGGCGACCUUGUUCUCAGGAAAGCAGGUCUAACGGGGUUCGAAACUCGAUUCGGCAAAUUGGCACCAAACUGGGAAGGCCCCUACACUGUUGCCGAAGUGCCGCACCCAGGUGCUUAUAUCCUACGAGACACUGAAGGCAACCGGGUUCCCAGGGUCAGGAAUGUCAAUAAUUUGAAGAAAUUCUACCCUUAGCACACUUCUUUACAGUAAACUUUGUUUUAACCACCAUUAUUCUGAUUGCUGUACUAAAACUCAAUUCAUAUG